AUGGCAUCAGCAUCAAGUACAAGUGCGCGUAGUUUGUUCGUCGAGUCUAAAAUGCGAUUGGCUGAUAAAGUACAAGUUAAUGUAAACAAUAUUGCUUCACUUGCACGUCAAAUACAACGUGGCUCAAAAAGUAGUGAGAUAUUGAUGCAAGCGGCUAAAAAUUUUGCUCAACAAGAACACGGACUUGAGAGCGCAGAAAACAAUUUAGAAAAACUAGCAUUGAUUGCCUCUCAUCUAGAGUGUCAGUUGGCAGCAGUAGAUAGGAGUUCUGCUAAAUUAGAAGACGUCACUGAACAAGUUCGUGCAAUGCAGCGUUAA